AUGUCCGAAUUGGAACACCCCGAUUACGCCAACCAGAUGGCGGAAAUGAACUCGUUUCUCAACCUGCACACCAACAGCCCCGACCAUCACCAGCUCGGCGACGCCUCGGCGGCCCUCAAACGCCAGACCCACAGUUACCCGAACUCGGUGUCGCCCUCGUCGCCCUCCGUGCACUCCAUGUCCCUGGUAGGAACCCCCAAGAUGAACUACGACGACAUGGCUUUCCAGAAGGGACAGCAAACACAAAACCAACAGCAGGGCCAGACCCAGGGCCAAGGUCAGCAGCAGCAGCAGCAGCAUCAUCAACAUCAGCAACAGGGCCACCCACAACACCAAAACCAACACCAAUCACAUCACAACGGGACCGGGCAACACAACAAUCCCCACAACGGCGGCCGGUUUGAAGACUACUCCUUCUGGAACGACUUUAUCGACGAUGACCGCAACUCGCCGGCCGCAACCACCACCCAUAACUCCCACGUUAGCCCAACAACCACACUGCCGUCACAGGCCAAGCCCCAGACCCACCGGUCGCCAGCAAACCUGACUCCUCCAGGCCAGCCGCCACAAAAGUACAGUGGUAAUGGGGGAAACAACGGCUCCAACGGAAACAAUGCGAGAUACCCGUUUGAAAUGAAGGUACCUGGAAUCACCCCUAACGAGAUCUUCCACUCGCCGCUGUCGGAGCCCAUGGACCCCCAGAACCAGAACCUGGCCAACGUCUACGACGAUGGAUCUUUCACGCCGCUGGUAUCCCCAGCAGUAUCGUCCUUUGAUCCUCCCAUGAGUGGCCACUCGCUCAAUUUCGCCAUGCCGAAUGCCUUCCUGUCCCUGGAGCCCUCAGAUGGACACCCUGGUGUCAUGAUGCAGCAGCAGCAACAGCAGUAUGACGAUAAGAAGGGCGGAUCGGCAUCUGCACCCUCUUCGGCAACGCGAAAAAGAAACUCUGUGGCCGGACGAGCUGCUGCUCCUCGAGGAGGAAAGGCUCGGUCCGGAAGAGCCACUCCAGUCGGAGGCACCCCCGUGAUGGGUCCUCAAUCUGGAGCAUCAUCCGUGGCUGGCCGGGUGGCCAAAAUGUCGCCGAUGACCCGACCCACCGGUCGAGCAAGUGCCCGGGCAGGAUCUCUUUCAGGCCCCAACUCCGUGGGAGGUUCUCCAUUGGUGAACCCUUUGGUGUCUGCUUCCGGAAACAAAGACUCGUGGUCCUCAGACAGCAUUUCACCCGAGUCGUUGCCGGACAUUGUCAUGCCACCUCCGCAAACCCGGUCGUCGGUUUCGUCGUCGUCUUCUUCGGGUCACAUGAAACCGGCCACUCCCUCAACUCUAAUGGACCUCCCUAAGGGCCAGAACGAGGACAUUGAUAUGAAGGACGCCAACAGCGCGCUGGAGGACGCCAUCCGAGUGACUCGUAACCUGACUUCUUCGCGGUCGUCUGUUUCACUGGCGUCCACCGGUGCCACUCCUCUCAUGAGCGACGCCAACAUCUCGCCAAACACAAACAUCAGUAGUGUCUCGUCGACACCUCAGAUUGCUGCCAAGAAACAACAGCAGCAGCAUAGUGGCAAGAAGGGCAGCAUCAGUGGUAGCAGCAAUGGAGGCAGCAGCAGUGGAGGAAACGGCCCUGGUAGCAGUAAGAUUGCGCCCCAGCCUCCUUCGCGACGAUCCUCUUCCGUGUCUGCCUCGCCAGCACUCAUGCCCAAGAUCUCUCCUCAAAUCAAGCCCAUGAUGUCCGAGGGCUCGUCCCUGGACUACCAGACGCUUCUGGCGACAAAGUCCAACUAUCAGAACAUUGUUGAGGGCAAGCACAACGCUCUGGGACUCCAAUAUCCUGAGCAUCUGAGUGUGAACAUUGCCUCCAAACGCACUUCGCACAAGCUGGCGGAACAAGGCCGACGAAACCGAAUCAACAACGCGCUUGCCGAUCUCGGAAAGUUGCUUGUGCCCGAGUCGGCGUCUACAUCUAAGGCCAACACCGUCGAGAACGCCAUUGACUACAUUCGCAAACUCAAGACGGAGCUGGUCGAGGUGACCACCAAAGCCGAUCGUCUGCAGGCAUUCCUUCAGGCCAAGGGUCUGUCCGACGAGUUCGAAGCGACCAUGGGGGUGUUGGUCAAGGAGGAGGAUAAGAACUGGCAAGGCGCUGAAUCCUAG